CACACCACUGUAAAGACUCUCUUUCGUUCUUUGCAUUCUCAUUCGAUUCGUAAAAAAAAAAUUGUUCAUAGAUUGUAAUCUGUUUCGUUUUGUAAUCUUCCCUUAUCGGCUUUUCGAGUUUUUCUACAUUUUACCAAGGUUGUGAAUCGGACUAAUCGAUCUCGGUUUACCAAUCAAGAUUCUUUCGUGUGUUUACUGAUCGUCAAAUACCAAAAAAAAUUAAACGUCUGAUUCUCUAUACAUUUUCCUUAAUUUUACAAAAUUAUUUUGUUCAUCAAUCAUCAUCAUGUCUCUAAGUAUGGAGCCAAAGUGUGACCACUGUGCAACCGCACAAGCAGUGAUUUAUUGCAAAUCCGAUUUGGCUAAACUAUGCCUAAACUGCGACGUCCAUGUACACUCAGCGAAUCCUCUGUCUCAUAGGCACACACGUUCUUUGAUCUGCCAGAAAUGCUACUCACAGCCAGCCAUAAUUCGCUGUCUUGACGAUAAGGUUUCGUACUGCCAAGGUUGUCACUGGCAUGCAAGCAACUGCUCGGUGUUAGGACAUAGACUUCAGAGCUUGAACCCUUUCUCUGGUUGUCCUUCUCCGACAGAUUUUGUCAGAAUGUGGUCUUCCAUUCUUGAACCUUCUGUGUCUGGUUUGGUUAGUCCUUUCGUUGGUUCUUUUCCCUUGAAUGGCCCCAACAAUGACGUGUUCGGAAUGGCGAAAUUCAACGAAUUAGAUGGUUUGAUCGCUUCCUCUUAUUCCAUGGUGCCACACAACAUCAGUUACACUCAGAAUCUCAGUGAUCAAUCAUCUUUCUUUUGCAUGGAAUCUAAGGGAUGUCCUGAUUUGUUUCUUGAACUUGAAGAAGAUCUAUGCGAAGAGCUAAAUCUGGAUAAUGCGCCGUUAAACUUUGACGUUGGAGAUGAUAUCAUCGGAUGCUCAUCAGAAGAACACAUAGAACCAGACCAUACGGUACCAAAUUGCCUAUUGAUCGACAAGGAUAACACAACCGUUACCGCGCGCGCCUCAAACUUUACUAUUAUAGACAAGGCUUUAGAGACAGCAUCACCUGGACAACAAGAUUACACGAGCUAUCAGUCAGGUCCGUUUCAGAUGAACAUCAACACUACUGGACUUGCUCUUCCUCCAUCACCUGUCUUGUUCGGACAAAUCCAUCCGACCAUGUCACUUACCAUCUCCAACGUCACAGGUGAAACCAGCGCAGCGGAUUACCAGGAUUGUGGGAUGACUCCAGGGUUUAUAAUGAGUGAAGCGCCAUGGGAAUCAAAUCUUGAACAUCGUUGUCCACAAGCAAGGGACCAGGCUAAGUUGAGAUACAAGGAGAAGAGAUUAAAGCGCACUUUUGGGAAACAGAUUCGAUAUGCAUCUCGCAAAGCUAGAGCUGACACGAGAAAAAGAGUGAAAGGAAGAUUUGUGAAAGCUGGCGACAAUUAUGACUAUGACCCAUCAUCUCCCGUCUAAUAACCAAUGACUACUAUACAAAAAUAGAAAUUGUCUUUUAUGAAUCGAAGAAAUCAACAUGUUGAGGCAUGGGAACGUUGGAGAAGAAACAGAACGAAGAUGGUGGAAGCCAAAAUGGUUAAAAUAUCGUAAAUAACAAAUCUCCUCUGUUUUUGAAUCUUUUACCCGUUUAUGGGAUUUUUGUUUUCCUUUAAUAAUAGGAAAAAUCCUAAUUCACAUUUUCCAAAUAAGUUCCCCAGAUUACUUUUUCAUGAAUAAAGUAGCAGUGAUUACAACCUGCUUCAUUCUUUUGUCUGUAUAAAGGCUGUAUACAUAGCACGCGCUUAACGUGCUUCAAGGCUAUUAAGGAAACUAGUUCUUUAGGCUGAAGGCUGAAGAAGCCAUAACACCAAUUUCCUAAAAUUACUUGAUUAGUGAGUUAAUUAGCUG